AUGGUUGUCAGUCUACGACUUCCUCUCUCCUCUCCCCGGACUAUCACGUCCAGCAUGAUCUCCCCUCCCCUGAGUCCCGACUUCAACUUCGACUCCGACGCCCUCACACCUUCCACCCUCCCAGCAUUGGAAUACAUCUCCGAAAAACUCUCCCAGAAAUCACUACAUGUCACAUUACUAGUCGGUCGAGGCCAGCCCAUGCCCACCGGCGAAUCAUCCGACCUCAACAUUAUCCCAGUCACACAGCUAGACGCACAAUCAUGGAAAAUCUUCCACAAGAUAGUCGAAAAGGGAGCUAAGAAGUACUCACUUGGUCAGGGCUGGACCGAUGCUCUUGAUCAACAUGCUCGCCAACAACUCAAGAACGAAUACCUCAUUGAACAAUCCCUCCGACAAAACGAGAUCCUCUUCAGCCAAGAGGGUUUGACUCUACUCAAUGUCGACCGCAUCUACACCUUGAAGCGACGACUGUGUGUACUCGCUCAGAACCAGAAGAGCAUCAAGAACGAAGAAAAAUACCUUUCUUCUUGUGUGCAACUUCUCAACAAGACCAUCACCAGCUGCCAGGGCCGACCCUUUAGCUUCGGCUUCUUCCACCGUGCCUACGAGCACCUUCACGUCACCGACGACCUCCUCAAGAGGGUUGCCGAAGCAUACAAGGCCCGAUACGGCCAAGAAGGCAUGGUCAUCAUCACCCCGAAAUCAUCACCCGGGCUUCCCGCAGUUGCUCCUACCACCUCCACAACCAUCAAGAAAGAGAGUACUCGCAAGUCGCCAGUCAUGCGCACCGCUGCUGCUAACGCACGAGUCCGCCGACCAACAGUCAUGGCUGCCGCUUCCUCUUCGCCAGUAUCCCGCCACUACCGUGUUCCCUCUCGCGUCCCUUCGCGAGCUGGUACACCAAGGCGCGGACCAAAGACUCCCGUCUCGGCCUCUGAUGUCACCCCCAUCACUCGAAAUGAGUGGAACAUUCUCAUCGGUCCUGAGUUCUGGCAGAACAAGCCUACCGUGACCAUGUGGGUUCCUACACCUGCCGUGUCAGUUGUUGGUUGA